AUGUCGAGCAGGAGGCAGCCUCUCUCAACCAUCUCGAAUGUCGCUAAUUCCCCGUACCGAGCGGUUGUUUCGACUACCACAAAGCAAAAACGAUCAUAUGCCAAUAUACAACGCGAAGAUGCAUAUGGACAACCACCCCCGGCGAAGAAGCAGAUGCUAGAUGCACAUCAACAAGCUUUAAGAACACCUCCGCGUCAAAGUGUUAGUCAAGUGUCGGCUGAAGGAAGGGUCUUUAGUCGGAAGUCCGCCGUCCAGCCAUCCAAUAUUGAACGAAAGUGCGUAACAGUUAAGGCAGAUCGAGGUUCUCAGCAGCAAAUUACAAAAGCAGAGAAGAUACCAGAGGAAAGUUUGGAAUCUAUACGUCAAUGGCAAAAGCAUUACAGGAAGAAUUUUCCAAAAUUCGUCUUCUACUUUGAAAGUAUAUCAGAGGAUGUCCGGCUUAAGUAUACAAAACAAGUUCUCGCUUUAGGCGCACGCGACGAAAAAUUCUUUUCUAAUGAAGUCACUCAUGUCGUCACCACGCGAUCGAUUCCACCCGAGAUCCCCUCCACAUCUUCUACUACAGCUGAGAUGCAUUCGCAACACGGAACUAUAAAUCCUUCUUUGCUGGACCGGUCUUCCGAGACCGCAGAUUUGAGAGAUCCGCGAUCAAAGUUUACAUUUGAAGCUCCAGUUUCCAGAAGGCUUGUUACACAGGGUCAUGAUGGCGAUGCAAGGCGACAGCAAGCUCGUAGCUCGGAUGUACUAUACAAGGCACGAGAGCUAGGGAUGAAAAUAUGGGCUUUGGAAAAGUUGCAAAGAAUGAUGACGACAAUGUUUGACACGGACACUGGCUACCAAAUAUCACACAGCCACAACACAAGGAGCCAUGCCAUCCAGGGGGGUACAAUUACCAGAGCAGUCCAAGAAGCUGAUCUAUCCCAAUUACUGAGGAAUGAACGAAUUUAUGGACCAUCAGAUCGGGAUCUCACCGUCGCUACAAAGGAGAUGACUAUAUUCAAAGGGCCGUAUAUCUACAUUCAUGAUAUUGAUGAAAGGAGAAAGCCGAUAAUGGUUCGAGAGUACAACAAGGUUACUCAAAAAGAACACGGAGAUUGGCCGCAGUUCCGCAGUGUUCCGAAUGGCAAAUGCCCAUUUGUGGAUGAACUAGAGUUCAGUCGUCGUGAGUUAGAGAAAGAAAAGGAAUUGAUACGUAUCCAGAGGCAGAAGGAAAGGGAAAGGGCUGUGGUUCCAAGGACGAGAGCUGCUGCUGCGGUAGAAGCGGCCAAAAUGCAGCCACCGAAGGCGAUGAGCAAACGAGCACUAUCUCAACUUGAUGAUGGAUCAAACCGAAGUGCUACCGUCUUGACGAAACAAGCCAAUCCAUUCGAUACCAACAGAACUAGAACUCAUCGUGCAGAACUUGAGUCUUCUUCUCGAGGUCAAAAUGCGUUUGUCAGUCGUGCUGGAGUUGGUAGAUUGUUUGGCGGUGAACCUGUUGCAUCGGGAGUCCAACCAUCGAAUAUCACAUCGGCUAUUCGCUCUCAGAUGAUCUCUUCCACAGCAGCUCAACCUGGACUCAAGGUCGGAACAAGCAAAGAGCUCCAUGGUCUGCAGAGGAAGGUGCUGGAGAAGACAAAUGGUGGAUCUGGAUCACAUGGAUCUCACCGUUUGACUGAGAUCAGUUCGGCUGUAAGAGAAGAUACAAGCACUCGCCCUGCAAAGCGUGAGGCACAAAGGAAACUUGGCGUCAUAGAUGAAGAUGAUAUUAACACAGAAAGAGAAGAAACGGGUAGAAAAGUUGAAGCUGCUCGCAAAGCAAAAGCUGUUCAGCAAAGAAAGCUUGAAAAGCGUGAUGCCAAACCAGGAUACUGUGAGAACUGCGGUGAUAAAUUCGAGGACUUUGAUGAGCAUGUAUCCUCACGCAAACAUCGCAAAUUUGCUGAGAAGGCCGAAAAUUGGAAGGAGCUUGAUGCCCUAUUAAGUCAACUUGUUCGACCUCUCUUGUAA